AUGUUAAAAGCCAAAGUAAAAAUUAAGAAUUGGGAAAUAAAUUACCUGAAAGUUGGGAAUGGUCCACACAAUUUGCUUUGCCUGCCUGGUGCUCUAGGGACAAUUUGGACAGACUUCAAGCCACAAAUUGAAGGUAUCAAUAGAGAGAAGUUUACUCUAAUAGUAUGGGAUCCUCCAGGCUUUGGUAAGAGCAGGCCUCCAGAGAAGGAUUUUCCUCCUGACUUUUAUGAAAAGGAUGCUGACUAUGCUUUUGAAUUUAUGAAGGCCCUAAACAUACCUAAAUAUUCUAUGCUGGGAUGGAGCGACGGAGGCAUAACUGGUAUGAUAGCGGCCGCCAAGUACCCAGAUGUUGUAAACAAAUUAGUUGUCUGGGGAUGUAAUUCUUAUAUACUGCCUCAAGAGGUUGACAUGUAUGACAAAGUGAAAAACAUAGACUCCUGGUCUAAGAGGAUGCGAGAACCAAUGAUAGCCGUUUACGGCGAAGAGUUAUUCCGGAAAUACUGGGCAGCAUGGAUAGUGGGUGUUGUUAACCUUUUUCAUGAAAGGAAUGGAGAUAUUUGUUCAAGAAUGUUACAGGACAUCAAAUGUCCUACGUAUAUUUUGUAUGGACAGAAAGAUCCAAUGGUUGCAAGUGUACAUGCCUCGCAUUUGCAUACUCACAUUGUGGGAUCUAAAUUACACUUGUACCCAGACGGCAAACACAACAUCCAUAUAGCCUACGCAGACGAUUUCAACAAAAAAGUUGAAGAUUUCCUGUCGCAACCGUCGAGCUAAGUUUAAGUUCAAUAAGCUCAGUACAGAGGUACUAAAACACCGAUUCUCAAAACUCAUUCAUCCCCUCCCUAAUUUGCCACCCCCAGAGGUGGAACAUUUUCUUCAAAUUAAAAUGGGAUCACUCCUGAGGUACCCCCUCUUUCUAAAUCAUCAAAAUUGGUUCACUAAUGCAGAGUUAUCGCGUAUAGGUACAAAAAAAAAAUUUGAGUUUUGAGUUGAAUUGAGAACCUCCUUUUUUAGAA